CGACUGCAGCAGCGCCGGCUCCCUCCCGGUAACCGCCUCGGCCCCGGGCUCGGAAGCCGCUCCGGGGGCGCCCUUUUGGACAGCGACACCGUCUACCCAGUGCUCCUGUCCCCAGUCCCAGGAGAUCCAGGCUAGCCAGCGCCCAGCCAGGGAGGCGGCCAGGAAGCGUGAUGGGGGCCCCUUCCGCCCUGCCCCUGCUCCUGCUCCUCGCCUGCUCCUGGGCGCCCGGCGGGGCCAAUCUUUCCCAGGACGGCUACUGGCAGGAGCAGGAUUUGGAGCUGGGAACUCUGGCUCCACUGGACGAGGCCCUCAGCUCCACAGUCUGGAGCAACCCUGACCUGCUGGCCAGUCAAGAUAGUCAGCCCUGGACAUCCGAUGAGACAGUGGUGGCUGGGGGCACGGUGGUGCUCAAGUGCCAAGUGAAAGACCAUGAAGAGUCAUCCUUGCAGUGGUCUAACCCUGCCCAACAGACUCUCUACUUUGGGGAGAAGAGAGCCCUUCGAGAUAACCGGAUUCAGCUGGUUAGUUCCACUCCCCAUGAGCUCAGUAUCAGCAUCAGCAACGUGGCGCUGGCAGACGAGGGCGAGUACACAUGCUCCAUCUUCACUAUGCCUGUGCGAACCGCCAAGUCCCUUGUCACUGUGCUCGGAAUCCCCCAGAAGCCCAUAAUCACUGGUUAUAAGUCAUCGUUGCGGGAAAAGGAGACAGCCACUCUAAACUGUCAGUCUUCUGGGAGCAAACCUGCAGCCCAGCUCACCUGGAGGAAAGGUGACCAAGAACUCCAUGGGGACCAAACACGAGUCCAGGAAGAUUCCAACGGGAAAACCUUCACUGUGAGCAGCUCAGUGUCAUUCCAGGUUACCCGGGAGGAUGAUGGAGCCAACAUCGUGUGCUCUGUGAACCAUGAAUCUCUAAAGGGAGCUGACAGAUCCACCUCUCAGCGCAUUGAAGUUUUAUACACGCCAACAGCCAUGAUUAGGCCAGAACCUGCUCAUCCUCGUGAAGGCCAGAAGCUGUUGUUACAUUGUGAGGGACGUGGCAAUCCAGUCCCCCAGCAAUACCUAUGGGUAAAGGAAGGCAGCGAGCCACCCCUGAAGAUGACCCAAGAAAGUGCUCUUAUCUUCCCCUUCCUGAAUAAGAGCGACAGUGGCACCUACGGCUGUACAGCCACAAGCAACAUGGGCAGCUACACAGCCUACUUCACCCUCAAUGUCAAUGACCCCAGCCCGGUGCCCUCAUCCUCCAGUACCUACCACGCCAUCAUCGGAGGGAUUGUGGCUUUCAUCGUCUUCCUGCUGCUCAUUCUGCUCAUUUUCCUUGGACAUUAUUUGAUCCGGCACAAAGGAACCUACCUGACACAUGAAGCGAAGGGCUCCGACGACGCUCCAGAUGCGGACACGGCCAUCAUCAACGCAGAAGGCGGGCAGUCAGGCGGGGAUGACAAGAAGGAAUAUUUCAUCUAGGGGCACCCACACACCUCCUGCGCCCCCCAGGGGCCCCAAUGGGGACUGCUGGGCUGUCACCAACCUGGACUUGUACAGAGCGACCCCUGGGCCGCCCCUCCCGCUUGCUCCCCAGUCCACCCAGCCCCCUGUACAGAAUGUCUGCUUUGGGUGCGGUUUUGUACUCGGUUUG